AUGACGGAUAACCGAUGCGUCUGUCCGCGAUGCCUUCAUCCAUCGUGUCCUCUGCCGUACGCGGAACCACCGUACGACGAAGUGGCGCACGAAAUCGACAACAACUUCAUAUCCGUGAAAAUACCGAAAAACAGAGGGAAAUUUGAAGCCGAAGGUACACGGCAGCAACAAGACAAAUCGAGCUUCGACUUUAAUUGCGCGGAUUCCGAAGGUGAAAAAUGCAAGCCAGGCUGUACGAAGGUGCACGUGAUACCGGAUCAGAAUCCACCGGCGAGAAAGCCCGACGAGGAGAUACUUUCGUUGAAGGCUAUAAGGCACAUUAUGCCAAACGACAACCUAAAGAACAUUCUCGAAAUUGAAUUUAAGGCGCCGCGAAAUUACAUUCCUCUGCCAGAACUCGGACCGACUCCUCCCAUAAUUGUACCGAAGCAGCCUAUUUGGAGAAGGGGCAAGGCCACGCGCAAAAGGAACAAGUAAG